AUGCAAAUGGCAUCGCUGGUAAACAGCUUUAUGCUGCAGCUGAUUCUUCGCCCUCAGAGGUUAUCUAUGUGGAUACAACGCCAGCCUCAGGCGACAACGGAAGCAUUGCUAGGACCUUACUAUGGAAAGAAGGACAAAGCCUGCCGCAUUGGCCUUUACGCUCUUAUGGCCAAUGGGAUGUUCACUCUCCACCCGAAGGAGCUCGGAAGACAUGCACAGCUGUACUGUGUACAUGCUGUGUGCUCGGGUGGAGUAGAUGUACCAGUACUUUUUGCGAUUAUUCAAAAAAGGACGGAGCGGGAAUACCGGGUGAUGUUCAAGCAUUUGAAGGACCAGCUAGACAAGUUUGAGGGAGAGAAUUACUUGCCAAAGAAGAUCAAAUGGACUUCGACAGGGGUGCAAUAA